UACUAAUGACAAAUGCAGGACCUCUUUCUGACCACGCUGCUUACGCAGCUUUGGCUAGCUAAGUUAAAGCUAGCUCUCUAAGUAAGAUAUGGAGCUGGUGUUUGGACUAUGAAGCGCAGGACGAAAUCUUUUCCCAAGUAAAAUGACAACUUGGAAAUGUGUAAGAAGAGGCUUGGUGGCAUUGCCUUCCUCCUACCUGCUGCUGCACAACAGACCAAAUGUCUACAGGAUAUGGGGGUUCCUCACAAGCUCUUCACAGGUGCCUCAGGCAGCCCUUCUGCAGGUGAGGUAUUUAUCAGGGGAGAGAGGCGGUGGCAGAAAAGGUUUCCUGGGGGAGUUUCUGGACAACUUGAAGACGGAGCUAAACAAGAACAAGGAAAUGAAAGAAAACAUCAAGAAGUUCCGAGAAGAGGCCAAAAAACUUGAGGAGUCAGAAGCAUUGAAACAAGCUCGAAGAAAAUAUAAAACAAUUGAGUCUGAAACAGUGAAGACCUCCGAGGUUCUCAAGAAGAAGUUAGGGAACCUCUCAGAGACGGUUAAAGAGGGGCUAGAGGAGGUCACUCGUACAGAAAUUGGGAAGAAAAUCAAGGAGGGAAUGGAGGAGGCAGCCAGAACAGCUAAGACCUCAGCAGAGAGCGUUUCAAAGAGUGGAGAGAAGUUUGGGAAGACUGGUGCGUUCAGAGCAAUAUCACAGGGCAUGGAGAGUGUAAAGAAAGAGAUAGAUGACCUGGGCCACACUGGCCCAUACAGACCUCCUGCCAGACUCAGGAAGAGGAGUGAGUUCUCCUCCAAGGGGGCAGUGGAUGACAACAAGGUCUUCGAAGCCAAUGAGGAAGCUAUGGGUAUGGUGCUCCACAAGGACUCAAAGUGGUACCAGCAGUGGAAAGACUUCAAAGACAACAAUGUGGUCUUCAACAGGUUCUUUGAAAUGAAGAUGAAGUACGAUGAGAGUGACAACGCUUUCAUCAGAGCGUCUCGCGCCGUCACUGAUAAGAUGACUGACCUCAUAGGUGGACUGUUUUCUAAGACUGAGAUGUCCGAGGUACUAACAGAGAUUUUGAAGGUGGACCCAUCCUUUGACAAAGACUCUUUUCUCAAGCAGUGUGAGCGAGACAUCAUCCCCAAUAUACUGGAGGCUAUGAUCAGAGGGGAGCUGGAAGUACUCAAGGACUGGUGUUAUGAAGCGACAUACAGCCAGCUGGCACACCCAAUUCAGCAAGCCAAGGCCAUGGGACUUCAGUUCCACUCUAAGAUCUUGGACAUUGACAAUAUUGAUCUGGCCAUGGGGAAGAUGAUGGACCAGGGUCCCGUACUGAUUAUUACCUUCCAGGCUCAGUUAGUCAUGGUAAUCCGAAACACCAAAGGAGAGGUGGUGGAGGGUGAUCCUGAAAAAGUGCUCAGGAUGAUGUACGUGUGGGCGCUGUGUCGAGACCAGGAGGAGCUUAACCCAUACGCUGCCUGGAGACUACUUGACAUCUCCGCCUCUAGCACCGAACAGAUCCUCUAAGACUCUUUGAUACUCACAAAACACACUCACCCAGGGAGAGAACAUACUGUACUCGUACAGGCCCUGGAGCCGGCCGGGAAGAAAGAGGGGGAGAGGAAAGCACACAGAGAUGAGGCACAGACAAGUGGGGCAUGGGCUCACUUCACUACAGAUUGAAGAGCAGCCUAAAUGCUAGGUGCCUCACUGUCUUUAUUUAUUUUUUUAAUACACUUGCUUUUGGUUCAGUCACCACGGUCCUAAAUUUUAGUUAUUUUUGACCUUCCUCUGGUUCACACUAGGGGGCAGUAGACUACCAACAACUCAUCCGCUGUACUUUCUACAAAGCCUGCAUGGUUGUCCUUUUGUGAAAUCUGUAUGGUGCAGGACACCCAUUGUUAGCAUUAAGGGAUGAAUUAAGUUAUUUAACGUAGGUCCAGCUCUUUUAUCAAAAGAAACAAGAAGAUAUGUGGAAAUCAAGGGAGUAGUUUUGCAUCAAUUUCUUUUGAAUCACAGAUUUUUCUGCCUCUUUCCUCUGUCGAUCAGUCCCUCAUACUCUCUUCCCCUCUGAGGUACUGUUAUCUGGUGGUUGGUGGUGUUGUGGCCCAUCAGUGCUCUCCUUGAUCCUUGUUUGUAUGAUAAUCACGAAAUGUAAUUGUAAAACUGUGAGAAAGUCUAUAUUUAUUAUGAAAAAUAAAGAUGACCCCUGUUUUUCACAAUAGUAGGCAUUUUUGAAAAUACAUUUCUAUCAAAUAUUUUUUACUUCCAACCUGCUAAUGGUUAAGCUUGCCCUUAGAUCUUGAGGCUAUCGUGAUUUCUUCUAGGGCAGAUCCUAAUUAUUUUUUUAGAUUAAAUCCUCGACUAGGAUUUAAGUGUUUGCUGUAUUAUUUCCUUUGGGAAAAAUGCUACUUCUGAGUGAUUUUCUUACAGUGAAAUGACCAGAGCAGAGCUAGAGCACUCAUUUGCUUUGAGUGAUUUUUAGCUGCCUAUGCACAGCAAACCUGAUUGUAGUGAGGUACACACAAAAUUAUUUGAUGGACUUCGAUCACUUUUUUAGUCUGGGGGAUGCACAGAAACACAAAAAUCUGUUUGUUUGUUUUUUUUCAUUUUCUGUCUCCCAGACCUAAUUGGAUUUAAAUUAGAUUUAAUUUAACCUCAGCGUGCCUUCAGCUUUUAGUCUAGACAUCAACACUAACCCCUAACUCUGCCAUCAAGCUGUUCUGUUCACUGUUUUCUGAUGAUGUAUCCUUUGACCUUCAGUGUUUUGGAGGGUAAUAUCAGUCACCACUACAUUUGUGCAAUGUGCCAUGUCGUUGCCCUACACACCAGGGCCAUAUGGCCUACAAUCAACAACCAAAACCCCCUCGUGAAAGGUGACCAUUUCACCAAAUCUCACCAGUGUGUCCAGGAUGAUAGAGAUAGGGGUCACUUCUGCACACUGUCAGCAUGUCUAUAUGUCUUUAAAGAAAGACCUCUCCAAUGAAUGUUUCCAUUGACAAGUAAUUUGGACACAUAACACAGGGAUAAUUAGACCUAAUUGCUACAUUUCAAGCACAAGUUGAUGUACAAGGCUAUCUUUUGUAAAGAUUUCUUUCAUGUUUACUGUGUGUUAGCGAACCACGCACCUCUUAUUUGUUGCAGACAAUAAUUUAUAUAAAGUCAAAAAAUGUAGAUUGCAAACAAAGCUGCGUCUCAUUGAGCCUUUUAUUCUUGUCAAACCAACAGGGAAUUCCAUAGUAAUGUUCUGUCUUUGCAUUUUGCCAUUUUCUGCUGUGUAAGAUGUCAUCACCCCAAUUAAAAUUUCUAAAUUGCAAU